AUGCGACAUGGAAGCAAGGUCGAUAGAAGACUACAGUCUGAAGGUGUGAAUGGAACAAGAACCUUGUGGGUUACUAGACGAAGAGCAAUAGAAUCUUCAGACGGACAAGAGAAAGAGAAGCAACAGUGGCUACAAUGGCAGGAGUCGGAUGACGACCAAGGGAGAAGCCCCGAUAGUAGAUUACUCAGCGCAUUCGAUUUUGAUGAAGAUCCAGAAGAUAACCAACCGUCAAAGAAACGCCAGCGAACAGCACGUAACCCAUCUGACGCCAGCCUCUCGGGAGAUUUCGCAUCUUCUCCGCCAACGUAUGGUGGUUCAGGAAGGAUGCUUGGGCUAUCACGCGGUGCCGAAGUGGUCAGUCUUCAAUCCGAGAGCCCAAUACCGAUAACAAACGACUCAAGGACAGAAAUAUGCGUGCCUUCUGUAGACAUCAUGGAUCGAAUUAUGAAAGUCGAAGGUAGCUGGAAGAGCAGAAGCACGAAGUUCAAUGGCUAG